AUGAAACUGAGCAGUGAGAUUGAAAAGGAAGAGUCUCUUGACAUAGAGAAAAUAAGACGCAGUCCAAGCAAAAUGGAUUUGAUAAGUCAACUACCUGACUGUAUAUUGAUAUACAUAAUGACAUUCUUAUCAACACAAGUUGUUGUUCAAACAUCUGUAUUGUCCAAAAGAUGGAAAAACUUGUGGAAAUUUGUCCCUGCUCUAAUAGCAAACAAUACUCAAUUCCCAAAGACCAUCAACUUUUGGAUGUUCCUAAACUCAUUCUUACUCUAUCGUGAUGGGUAUAGUCCCUUGAACAAUAUAGUUGUUGAUUAUAACGGUUUAGUUUCCAUUCAAACGUUAACCAAGCUCUUCAAAUACGGGGUCUCACAUAAAGCGGAGAGAAUAGUGAUUAAUUCUAUUGGUGAGGGUUAUCAUCACUUGAAAAAUGUAGAAAUUUCGCAGUUUAUGGUUUCAUGUAGUUCUAUAAAAUAUCUUAAACUUUUACUUGGUGGAUCAAGAGGGAAAGUAAUAGUUUCACACGCUUUAGACCUUCCGGAAUUGACAUAUUGUCAUUUUAAAGAAGUUGGAUUCUUAUCGAAUAGCAGUAAUGGUAAUGUCGACCCAUUUUCGAGCUGUAAAAAGCUAACAACUCUGAUAAUUGAAAGUUGCAAUGUAAUGGAAGGAACAAAAUUGUUUGUGUCAAAUGAUACACUUUCCAGAUUGGUCAUACACUUAGGUGCCUGUUUUGUUCCCCAGUUAAUAGUUCAAAUGAACACUCCGAAUUUGAAAUCAUUUACUAUUGCGGGUUGUUUCAAUAGUGUAAAUCAUACUUGUCCCCUCUUUGUGCACGACCUCAAAUUCCUUGAACAAGUGAGUCUUGAGCUUUGGUUUCCCAGAAUUUCUGAAGAGAUUGCGAACACCUUUAUGAGUUGGCUAAAAAUGUUCACUAAUGUCUCCUCAAUGACUCUUGCUUCUCCAACUCUUAUGGUUUUUAAAUCCAUGCCUAAUUUCCCCAAUAUCGAAGAUGUUUGUUUUGAAAACAUGGAAACAGUGCUAGUGAAAAUUGACUCUUUUGCAUCUCUAUUUCCAAUGGAAGUAUUUGAAUACUUAGUCAAAAACAGUCGCUGCAAUGAAGUUACAACUACUUUUGCAGGGCCUAUUUGGUUCCAAGGUAUAUUAGAUGUAUACUAUAAAUACUAUCUUAUGUAA